AUGACACGACAAUACCCGCAGCACCAGUCCAUCACAUCUCCCCUCUCGUCCCGUGAAAAGGGCGACUGGGGUUUCAAGCGACCAUUUCCUCUCAAGUCCACCUUAACGAGCUCAACACCCUUGAUCCGAGUCAAUCAGGUCGAUUCUAUCGAGAGCGUUACUGAUUUCGCCUCUGCUGCCGACCAUACUCUUUCUCUUGAGAAGUUUCAGGAAAUGCGAAUUCCCCUUUCGAUCCCCAAAGGAAACGAGAGAAGCGGCAUAGCUGUGAAGAAUGAUGCUUGGCGAAAAUCCGUAUUCGAGGAGGACCUCGAUUUUACCGAGUAUCGCCAAGGACGAGUUGAUGAUAAGCGAUGGAAGUUUAGAGGACCGUGGCUGGCCAGGAUGACUGAGGGCGAUUUUAUGGCAUAUCUCAACAAAAAGGUACGACCUCAGCGAGCUCAGUUCAGAGAGCUACUCAAAACGAGACUUGCUGAAUCUCUAAACUCGAAACGAGCCACGGCUGCCAUGGAACGGGGCAACGCCGCGCCAGAAAAAAUCCGGCCUAAAGACAUCACCGAGGAUCAGUUCACAGACUAUGUGCGGUCUUUGCGAAGUGAUCGUGCUACACUGUAUGGCCUGGUCUCCAAGUUCCUUGACCUUGCUCCUCUUGGCCAGCCUGUUGGCAUUAUCCAGACCUUCCUCGCCGCUGGAGACAAUGCCGCUGCUGAGAGUCCUUACGGAAAGUCUGGACCUCCUCCUAGCCAUCCCUCUGCUGGCAUUAGUUAUUUGAGGACGAACUCCUUCAUGGAGAACCACCCUGUCUAUGGACCUCAAAAACAGCGCACUCCUGUACUCUCUCGAGUAGUUUACCCCAGACAAGGCCCCUCACCUGCCAAACUUGGUGUUGGUGGUUUCGUGGCCGACUCUCCCCCUGGAGACAACGAGUUCAAUACCAGAGACUCCCGCCAAAGGGUUUCGCAGAACAAGAAGAUGCUUACUGGUAUUACACACCUUGACACAACGACCUUCGGUGGUGCCAAGGCAUAUGUAAGCCCCGAGACUGCAACAAUCGACCCUAGUGGAAAGGUCGUGCUGCAACUCCGAGAGGCCAACACUGAGGCCCAACUUGUUGCUAGAGAAGCUCAGGGCCGUGCUAAAGUGUACAAUGCGACAAAGCAAACAGUCAAGAAAACGAGUGAAGGAGCUGAUCCUUGGCGAGCCGAGCGUGUCGCUAAUGAGCUCAUUGGUGAUGAGACUGCUCCUACUCCCCAAGAUGAUGCUGUGAGCAGCUCCAAGAACUACGGCCUUGAUAACGACAACAAGCAAUAA